CCCCUCCCGAACCGUUGGAUUUUGAAGUGGAAAUUUCGCACAUUUCUCUCCCGGAGCCAAAUCCCAUCUCAAGACCUCCUCGUUCUUGCUCCGAUCCGAGCGACGCCUGAGAGAUCCCGUCCCGAGCUUGGUUUUAGGCGUAGAUCUCGGAAUCGGAGGGAAUAUGGAUUUCUUUCUUGGCGGCAUUUAGCAGCAAGAGACACGAAACUGGGCACCGAAGCGGGAGGUUUGAUUAGUUCUGUUGUUGUCCAGCUGAAAGAUGGAUGGAAAGAAGAAGAAAAACAGGAAAAAGAAAGGAAGCCAAAGUAAAAUUACUGAAGAUGCUACAGCCAGUGCUGAGGCAGUGAGUGUGCAGGAGCACAACAAUAGUUCAGCAACUGAGCAGAAUCACCAUGCACAAAAUUCGGGUAAUGCAGAUGUUCAAAGUACUGGGGUGUCGGAGUCUGACAUUGAGUUGGAGAACCGUAAAAUCUAUGAAGAAAAUUAUGUCAAGCUACAGGAAGAAAUCAGACAAUUAGCAGAUGAAAAGAAUUCUUGGCUUCAAAAGCAGGUCAACUUGGAAGAGAAAAUCAAAGUUUUACAAAAUGAAGUAGAGUGUUGUUCCCAGAAGGAGGCUAGCUUGGAGGCAAAACUCAAUGAUUUACGGAUUGGAAAUGAUUCAGUGAUACAGAAGGAGGUCAUCUUAGAGGACAGAGUCAAGGACAUUGAGGGCAUCAAAGACAUCUGGGCAUUAAAGGAGACUUCAAUCAGGGAAAUGAUUGCUAGACUGGAGGAAGCCAACAUUACCGUGCAAAUGCAGGUAAGGGAGUUGGAAGAAUCUAGAAGCAAUAUUCUUCAAGAAAACCAACAUUUAGUAGAAAACAUAUCUGGAUUGGAAUUGCGGAUACAACGCCUUGAAAGGGAAGCUUCUUUCUAUGCAACUUCAAAAAUGGAGAUGACAAAGUUCCCUGAAGAGAUAAAAUCGCUUGAUCAGAUAGAAGCAGUCGAUGCAUUAAUGCAGAAGCCAGAUUCUGGAAAUGAAGAGCUUGCUGGAAAGGUGACUGAACAACACAUGCAGCCAAAUCAACAUGCUGCUUCUGCCGAACAUUCUUCCCCUGUGCUUAAUCAUGAGAUGACACAAACGGGAACUUCCACAGAUUAUGUAUCACAAUAUGGUGAACAGAUUCAACCUUCAGUGGGAAUUCAGGGGAGAUCUAGCACUAGCAAUGGUGUCGAGGACUCUGUUGCUGAUCCUGGAGUACGAUCAGCACAGCCUCCAGGGUUAGAUGAACCAAGAAUUAGUGAAGAUAUUGUGUCGGUUCCAUUGGAUGAAAUCCAAAUUCAUGAGGAAGAUCUGCAAGGAAGGAAGAAUAUUGAGAAACCAGCAGAGGUUCCACUCUCAGAUGCCCCUUUGAUAGGGGCGCCGUUCAGAUUGAUUUCUUUUGUAGCAAAGUAUGUCAGUGGCGCUGAUUUGGCGAAAUAAAACAGUUCUAAAUCUGGCCGGUAUGUAUUGGGAAAGAAGAACAUUUGCCAAUUUUUUGGGAUCGAUAGAUUUUUUUAAUUUGUUUUAUACCGUUAUAGAUAAUUAAUGGAAGCUGAUUUGGCAAGCUGUUUUACCUGACAAUAGAUAAUUAUUUUUGAUAAGCUGUUUUACCUGAUAAUA